AUGUCCUUUGAUCAGCAGGACUUUUUGAUCGGUUCUGAAGUGGCCCAUGUGAGAGGGGCUGUGUCUCUGACAGAGCAGCCCCCUCCCGUGGAUCAGAGAGGGGCUGUGUCUCUGACAGAGCAGCCCCCUCCCGUGGAUCAGAGAGGGGCUGUGUCUCUGACAGAGCAGCCCCCUCCCGUGGAUCAGAGAGGGGCUGGGUCUCUGACAGAGCAGCCCCCUCCCGUGGAUCAGAGAGGGGCUGUGUCUCUGACAGAGCAGCCCCCUCCCGUGGAUCAGAGAGGGGCUGUGUCUCUGACAGAGCAGCCCCCUCCCGUGGAUCAGAGAGGGGCUGUGUCUCUGACAGAGCAGCCCCCUCCCGUGGAUCAGAGAGGGGCUGUGUCUCUGACAGAGCAGCCCCCUCCCGUGGAUCAGAGAGGGGCUGGGUCUCUGACAGAGCAGCCCCCUCCCGUGGAUCAGAGAGGGGCUGGGUCUCUGACAGAGCAGCCCCCUCCCGUGGAUCAGAGAGGGGCUGGGUCUCUGACAGAGCAGCCCCCUCCCGUGGAUCAGAGAGGGGCUGGGUCUCUGACAGAGCAGCCCCCUCCCGUGGAUCAGAGAGGGGCUGUGUCUCUGACAGAGCAGCCCCCUCCCGUGGAUCAGAGAGGGGCUGGGUCUCUGACAGAGCAGCCCCCUCCCGUGGAUCAGAGAGGGGCUGUGUCUCUGACAGAGCAGCCCCCUCCCGUGGAUCAGAGAGGGGCUGGGUCUCUGACAGAGCAGCCCCCUCCCGUGGAUCAGAGAGGGGCUGUGUCUCUGACAGAGCAGCCCCCUCCCGUGGAUCAGAGAGGGGCUGUGUCUCUGACAGAGCAGCCCCCUCCCGUGGAUCAGAGAGGGGCUGUGUCUCUGACAGAGCAGCCCCCUCCCGUGGAUCAGAGAGGGGCUGUGUCUCUGACAGAGCAGCCCCCUCCUGUGGAUCAGAGAGGGGCUGUGUCUCUGACAGAGCAGCCCCCUCCUGUGGAUCAGAGAGGGGCUGUGUCUCUGACAGAGCAGCCCCCUCCCGUGGAUCAGAGAGGGGCUGGGUCUCUGACAGAGCAGCCCCCUCCCGUGGAUCAGAGAGGGGCUGUGUCUCUGACAGAGCAGCCCCCUCCCGUGGAUCAGAGAGGGGCUGGGUCUCUGACAGAGCAGCCCCCUCCCGUGGAUCAGAGAGGGGCUGUGUCUCUGACAGAGCAGCCCCCUCCCGUGGAUCAGAGAGGGGCUGGGUCUCUGACAGAGCAGCCCCCUCCCGUGGAUCAGAGAGGGGCUGUGUCUCUGACAGAGCAGCCCCCUCCCGUGGAUCAGAGAGGGGCUGUGUCUCUGACAGAGCAGCCCCCUCCCGUGGAUCAGAGAGGGGCUGUGUCUCUGACAGAGCAGCCCCCUCCUGUGGAUCAGAGAGGGGCUGUGUCUCUGACAGAGCAGCCCCCUCCUGUGGAUCAGAGAGGGGCUGUGUCUCUGACAGAGCAGCCCCCUCCUGUGGAUCAGAGAGGGGCUGUGUCUCUGACAGAGCAGCCCCCUCCCGUGGAUCAGAGAGGGGCUGGGUCUCUGACUGUUUAA